AUGAGUGACACCAAGAGUGUGUCUGACUGCAAGAGUCUCGCUCGAUCGCUCUCUACAAAAAGUUUGGGGGCAACGCACGAGAACUCCAAUGUGGCUGUUUAUGAGGUAAGGACGUCACUGAUUCGUGAUAGAAUUGUGUAUAAAAAGUGUAUAGAAAUGUAUGGAUGUGUUCUGCCACAUCUGCACCUUCCUUUAACUCUGAUUAACAUCCCAUAAUUAUUGCCUCUUCAGUUAGUCUAUCCCCAAAGUGUGCUCCUCCACUAAUUGUUCCCCUCUCUAUUUCCUCAUGAUUAAAGAGAAACUCCAGACCCCUAAAGCACUUUAGCUUUCUGAAAUGUUUUAUGUAUACAGAGUAUAUCCUCUUGUUUCCUUUUACAAAAAGUGCACAUUUCACUAGAGCUUGGCACUUUAAAAAAUUAUUCUUGUUACACACCCUGGCUGUCAAUCAGACAACUAGUUAAAAGUUCAAAAAUUACCCAAAAUACCUGCCUUGCAAAGACUUCUCAUUGAGCAGCAUUGGGAAGUCUGUGAUUGGACAGCCACAGAAAGUCUGGGUGGGGUUAGAAUGGGGGGCUUGCGAAGGAUGCAGACAAGAGAUCUGCUGUUUUUUAGGCAUACUCACAAUAAAAUAAUGCACAAUUAAAUGCAUGAAUGUUUCCAUUUGGGUAUAUCUACUAAACAGUAAAUUUAAUGUAUUUAUUAGUGCAUUGGUGUGUCCCUGUGACAAACGCCGCUUUCCACAGAUGUUUUCCAUGGACUCCUGGAGGGCCAGGUCAGCGACUGCAAAGACCCAUCUUUUAGGUCCCUUGGUUCGGCACUUUCCAUUUGUGUGCAUAGAACCGAACGCUAGCUCCCUGGCAGCCGUUCACAUGGACCAAAACCGCGAAUAGACUUCCGGGGGACUUAGCUGUGAAUGCCCUGGAACUAUUUUCGGCAUGAAGACUUUGCGGUUCCCGGUCAGUCGCCAGUGGCACUUAGCCGCGAUUCUAUGGAACUAUUUUUGGAAUAGGACGAUGCGGGCGGUCGGUCAAAUUAUGACUUUUGGGAGAUUCCUAACUCCUGAACAAAUCUGCGUGAUUUUUGAAUAUGUUGGUCCCCCAGAUUGGGGCUUUCAGGCGAUGUAUUUUUGUGGGGAUUUUGUGUGUUUUAAGGUAUUUUGGGGGUUUGUCAAAAUGUACGUUUUCUGUGCCUGAAGAUAAUUGAAUUUAAUACAGUGCUUGACUCAAUUAUCUCUCAGGCACAGGGGAGAGAUUGACCUAUUUUGUAUGGGAGUGUCCUGGACCUGAGAGCCAAUGUAAUUUUGUCUAUGUUUUUACUGUAGUCUACUCUCAGGUCCAAGGGGAGUGCCCCAUGCAUGGGGACCUGAAUAUAAGGCCAGUUCUGGCUGCCAUUAAAGAGAUUGUUUUACCCUUCAUGAAGUCUAGGCUCAUGUUUGGGGGAUUGGAGAGCUAUAUUUAUUCUGGGGACUGCUAUAAUCACUAUACUCCUUUGGAUCACAACACUUGCUCUUGUAAGUGCAACCUGCUUCGCUCUCUGGACUAGGAGAGGUCUACCCACUGGAAGCUGGAUCCUGGUCUAGGGUGGGUCCAUGGUGGGUGGAUGAUAGCGAGACCUUAACCAAGCUGUGGGCGUUUGUGUGGUUUACGGUUGUUAUGGUGUCCCAGAGCGGUGCUUAUGGUGCUCGCAAGUACUAGGAAGCAGCAAUUGCCAGUUGUCCGUCACAGUCCCUUUAAACCCUCGUCUCUUAUAGCUAUCUCCAUCCCUAAAUGUUUUUCAUUCUUUUAACUGUCCCCCAUGCCAUCUCAAGUGCUAAUUUAGAUUUUAUGCCUCUUUCUCCCUAUAACUUUCCACCAACAUUAUUUUUAUUAUAAGACUUAUUCUUGUCUCUUAUACCAUUGAUAAUUUUUUUACAACUUUCUCCCUAACUUACCUUCAAGUGCAUUUGUAAACUUUGCUAAUAUCAUUACUACAUUUACCUUCAUUUCUUCUGUAAGUCUCCUCUCCAUCUUCAGAGAGUAAAAAUCCACAUCAAUUAACAUUUUUAUUUUUUAUUUUACUUCGUACUCUAUUGUGGCGUUAAGUUCUCUCUUAUUUUUUAAAACAUUCCCUGCCUGGCUUUCUCAUUUUGUUUCCCCUGACAUUCUUCUCAUCCUUCAUAAUUUCAAUAUUCACGUUAAUAUCCCAUACAGGCUUUAUUUUCUCCCAGCUAUUUUGGUGCAAAUUGUUGAGUCAAUAUUCAAGGCAGCUGUUUAGAAAAUAAAUUAUUGUUUAAAUUUGUUUCAAUGUUUUGUAAUGAAUGACCUGGCAGGCAGGAUCCAUUCUUCUAGGCAUGUUAAUUUCUCCUUCUAUUGAUUUGUUUUAUAAUAUGCAUGUGGGUAUUAGGACUCGCCCUAAUGUGUGCAUCAGGUGUCAUGCAACAUCUGUGAUAAUGACUAACAAAAAUGUGUUAUUGUUCUUAUAGGGUCCCUUUAAAUACUUAAAUACUGUUCUUUGCGUUAUUCAACCUUGUUAGAAUUGCAUUGUUUCAACAGGCGCGUAACUAGUGUUGAAUUAUAUUUUUAGGGAGAUUGGGUUUGGUUGAAGAAAUUUGAGCCUGGUGUUUACCACGAACUGAGGCAAAGUACCACCAGUACACUACGAAAGGUACGUUUCCCCAGAGACUUUGAGUAAGACCAGAUAAUUAUUAAUUUGGGUAUUCAUCACCAAUACAACAGAAUCGGUGAAGUCCUUGACUGCUCAGGAGUGUAUUCAACAUUGCAGAUGGCCAUGUUAUCCAUAAAACAAGCCAGCCCAAAUAAUGAACAGCACAAUUCAUUUUAUUAGCAUUUAAAGGAAGAUUCCAUGCAUCUUAUACGCUCUGGCUUUGUAUCCUCUUUUUUUCAAUACACAAAAAGUGCAGAUUAAAAUAGGCCAAGUGAAGCAGCCAACAACCCCAACCCCACCCAAGUGACCCAGGGUUACUUAGUCCUACUCAAUUAUUUAACAGUCACAAUCUCUUCCCCAUUACUCACCAGUAUGGAGUAGACGUAGGAAUCCAGGGUCCUAUUAUUGGCCAAUUAAAAUACCGUGACGGUCAGUCACCACAGUGAAGGCAGUAGAGAUACUAGUUAAUGGAAUUUUAUAUUAUACAAUACUUAAUCUGGUACCCUGUUUAUAUCGUAUUACUGAAAAGCCAAUGCUAUUUAUAUUUUAGAGUUUAAAUUGUACUAUAAUGGCAAUUAAAUGACCUACAUUUUCUUUCCUGUCAGAUGAAAGAUUUGAGAAAUGAAAAUGUCAAUCCCUUUCUGGGAUUUUUCUCUGAUUGUGGUAUUUUCGCCAUCGUGACUGAACACUGUUCUAGAGGUAGUUUGGAGGAUCUCCUUCGGAAUGAAGAUGUCAAACUGGACUGGAUGUUUAAGUCGUCUCUGCUGCUGGACUUAAUAAAGGUAUCAAGUUCAAACAUAAAAAAAUUAAAACUAUUUUUUUAUUUUUUUAUUAAAUAACAUUUAUAAAAAUGAGCACAUGUAGAGAAGUGUAGAAUAUUCCUGAACUUUAUAGAGUAGACCAAUGUUAAUGGAAUAUGUUUAUGCCAGAAUGUCAUAAUUUUAUAGAAUUUUGCAGACAGAAUUAAAUUUGUGAUGUAUUCUAACCCUUUGCAAUUUACAGCUGGCAAAAUAUUCACAAAUAAAAUGCACUUUAUAAAACUUUUCUUGAAAAAAAUUAUAUGAAGGCCUCCUCUAUAUGUGUCCUUAGCUUGCUGCCAUAUUGGAUGUAAAUGCUUUUUUUGGUAAAGGUCCUAUUCAUAGCCUUCUUCAUCAUGGAGUUCAUCAGAAAGCCCUUGAUCCAUUGCUAAUCUACCUGGUUUGCAAGUAUAUUACAGUUAGGCUGGGUAAUACUGAGAGAAUGUGACACAAGAACAUAAAUAUUAGUUGGAUGCUGGCAGCAUUUUUGUUUUGCCCUUAUACGUUUGGAAGGAAAAAAAGUUUGUUUCGUCCAAACCAAAUUUUGUCUGUUAUUAUUUUUGUUUCAGGAUUUCAUUUCAGAAAAAUUAAAUUCCGACCGUGCCAUAAGUCGCAGCUGCAUCUUGCAACUGUUUAGUAGAUAACUUCCUAAAUGGCUACCUCUGUGGGAUUUCAAUAUUUAUGGGUACCAAAUUAAGUAGUUGUUUAGUAGGUAGCUGCUUUUUGGUAUUCUUAUGGCAAAUUCACAAGGAUUUCCCAUUAAGAAGUUCAAAGCCCAAAAUUGCUGCCCAGUUGCCAAUCCAAUAAAGGGGGAUCUGUUACAGAUCCCCCAGGCCCCCAUGGAUUGGCACCUAAUUAAUUGGCUGGGGGGGCAUAGUGUCCCCUUGUGUCCUUACCCAUGCCCCAUGACCGUGGGCAAUCAAACUAAACAAGGGGAGCGUUGUGUCCUCCUACGGCCUAUUAAAUACAAUGAAGGAGAAAUAUUGUAUCUCCCCAGCCCCACUCAUUGGUAAAUAAUAAUGGUGAGUGGACCAGAUUUCCCAGCCCCACACAUUGGUUGUGGGUAUGGGCCCUAAAUAUUAACCCCUUAAGGACCGGACUGUUUUUGCGAUGUUGUACAUUUGCGACCAGGCAUCUUUUUACACUUUUGUGGUGUUUGUGUUUAGCUGUAAUUUUCCGCUCACUCAUUUACUGUUCCCAUACAAAUGAUAUAUUAUUUUUUUCUUUACAUACCAUUAUUUAUAUAAUAUCAUGUAAUUAAAUUUUAACAAAAUGAAAAAAUUUGAUGAAAAAUUGAAAAAAUACAUGUUUUUUUACUUUUACUUGAAAAAUCUUUUACUCAUCUACAAAAGUGAUUGAAAAAAACUGCUAAAUAGUUUCAAAAUUUUGUCCUGAGUUUAAAAAUACCCAGUGUUUACAUGCAUUUUUGCUAUUUUUUGCAAGUUAUAGGGCUAUAAGUACAAGUAGGAUAUUGCGGUUUCAAAACAUACAUUUUUAAAAUGUAUCAAUAGUGACAUUGUAACACUAUUAUCUGUCAUAAAUCUCGGAAUAAUACCCCACAUGUACAUAUUUUUUUUUAAAGUAGGCAACCCAGGGUAUUCAAUAUGGGGUAUGUCCAGACUUUUUUAGUAGCCACCUAGUCGCAAACACUGGCCAUAUUUAGCAUUCAUAUUUUUUUGUGUGUGAAAAAAGUAAAAAACUAAAUUGAACGCUAAUUUUGGCCAGUAUUUGUGACUAAGUGGUUACUAAAAAAGACUGGACAUACCCCAUUUGCAAUACCUUGGGUUGUCUUCUUUUGCAAAUGGUAUGCCAUCAUGGGGGUAAUUCUCAUUCCUGGGCUACCAUACGCUCUCAAAGGCAACGAAACCAACCUGGCCAUUUUCAAUGUAAAAAUAUUUGACCCAUAUAUUUGACACUGUAACUUUCAAAAACUUUGAUGAACACAAAUAUUAGUGUUUUAAAACAGGAAAACGUAUCACAACAAUUAUAUCAUCAGUAAUUGCCGCUGGGGAUCAGGACCGUCACCGGUCAGCAAUGCAAAAAUGCAGAUGACGGUCCUAAACUGUCCUCGGUCCUUAAGGGGUUAAUUGGGGAGGACCUAUUGUUCCCUGCAGCCCCCAAUAAUAAUACAUAUUGUACCUGUACACAGGUGUUUAGGAUGUAAGUCACAUCCAGGGAGGUGUGCUUAGGACUGCAUAAACAAAGUUAUUUAACUCCUAAAUGGCAGAGAAUUGAGCAGUGAGACUGCAAGGGCAUGAUCUAUACACCAAAAUGGCUUCAUUAAACUAAAAUUGUUUUAGUGUCCCUUUAAAACUUACCUUUAUUCCAGUGCUGUGCGAGUCCACCUUGGCUGUCUCUGCCACCGCUCCAUCUUCUUGGCUGAAAUCAUCAAAAUUGACUAUCUCAGCCAAUCCAAUGCUUUCCCAUAGGAAACAUUAGGAGGCUAAUAUGCAUGCAUGGCAAUGCUCAUAUAAAUGCAUCUCUAUGGGGAGCGUUCAGAGCCUUCAUGCACAGCAUGGAGAUACUUAACGUCAGUGCUGCACAUUGUGCAGUGAUCCAAGAAGCACUUCUAGUGGCCGUCCGAGUGACUGCUAGGUAGUAAUGUAAACUCUGCCAUUCCUAUGAAAAUGCAGUCUUUACACUAAAAUGCCUGCAGGGACACACAAUGCAUAACAUUAAGCUGUAGGUGUUCUGGUGACUAUAGCGCCUCUUUAAAUCAAUGUUCCUCUGCCUUUGUGUAUCAUCCUUAGUUACUCUUCUCGUUUUUCUCCUCUUAAAUUUAAAUUCAGAACAUGGAAAGCUAGCAAAAAUAUUAUUUAGUAAAACAGAUUAUUAGAUCAUUUCCUUUUUUUAUCUUAAAAAAAAAAAGCUAUUUAAUCACUAGAACAUGGAAAAAUAUGGAAAAAUAAAAAAACAAAACAAAAAAAAGAGGGGGUGUCAUCAAAGAGGCAGAGAUCAAAGGUGUUCCUAAAUUUUUCAGCAGAAAUUCUUCCAAUCAUAAAAACUGCAGUUUUAUGCUGCCACUUACUUCCCUGGGGAGCUUUUCCUUUACCGUUUUCUUACUUGCCAGACACUCAUUUCUUCAAUUUAGAGACCUGCAAUUACCCAGCAAUUUACCCACUGCAGAGCCUUGUGCUGCCCCUGCUUGUCCUGUGUUGCACUGCCUUGAUUCUUUCACACUAUGCCAUUUCAGACUUCGUCCUGUGCUGCCCCUGCCUGUCCUGUUUUGCACUGCCUCGAUUCUUUCUCACUAUGCCAUUUCAGACUUCGUCCUGUGCUGCCCCUGCCUGUCCUGUGUUGCACUGCCUUGAUUCUUUCACACUAUGCCAUUUCAGCCUUUGUCCUGUGCUGCCCCUGCCUGUCCUGUGUUGCACUGCCUUGAUUCUUUCACACUAUGCCAUUUCAGCCUUUGUCCUGUGUUGCACUGCCUCGAUUCUUUCUCACUAUGCCAUCUCAGCCUUUGUCCUGUGUUGCACGGCCUCGAUUCUUUCUCACUAUGCCAUUUCAGACUUCGUCCUGUGCUGCCCCUGCCUGUCCUGUGUUGCACUGCCUCGAUUCUUUCUCAAUAUGCCAUUUCAAACUUCGUCAUGGCUUAGACGGGCCAAAACAGGACCAAAUGGCACGGAAGGGAAAAAGACCCCUGGGGUGAUUCUUUUAAACCAUUUUUCUAAUACUGUGAAUAUAUAUUUUGAGGGCUCCAAAAGCAACAGGUGCAGUAAAACCAAUAUACCUGCUAUAUAAACUAUAAACCUACCGUGCAUUUACCUUUAAAGCUUUAUUAUUGUCCAAGAGAUAUGCAAGGUGUCAAUGCAUGACAGAGUGGGUAGGUCACAUGCGUGUGUGCCAGUGACCAGGUGCCCAAUCAGUGCAGCCCACGAGUAGGGUAUGUCUAAAAAACAUCUUAUAUGGAACCAAUGCUUAUAAUAAUUGCUUAUUGUGUUAAGGACCAUCCUACUGAAUCUAGGAUUGUCCAGAUCUAGAUUAAUUGAUCUGGAAUUCUGUCAAUCCCUAUUUCAGACAUACAGGCUAAAAGUGAUAUUAUAACAUAUAUAGAUAAAUUUUAAUCUUUGGAACUGUAUUCUCUGACAUUACAGGGUAUGAGAUAUUUACACCAUCGGGACUUUCCCCACGGUCGUUUAAAAUCCCGGAACUGUGUUGUCGAUGGCCGCUUUGUGCUGAAAAUCACAGACUAUGGAUUAAAUGAUAUUGUAGAAACUCAGAAAUGCCCUCGUUACCCACAUCCACCAGGAGGUGAGAAGUAGGAAUAAAAAUGCGAAUUAUAAUUUAAAAAAAGAACUUUUAAUAAGUUGCAGUCUAUCGUAGUAAAUUGACAUAUGCUGUUAAUGAUCCAUUGCCUUUAAUUUUAAUGAUGUUGUGGUUUUCAUUCCCCACCCAGCCUUUUUAUUGUCAGUGAGGGUCGAUGUCCUUCUCUAAGCAGUGCAUAUCAUGGUCUGAAUUUUGGGCAGGUGACUGCAUUGCGUAGAUGAUGAUGAGUAAUUCUGACAUAUCAGUGCUCUUGGGGAGCUUAAGGAAAAUAAGGAUUAUCCCUGGAAUUCAGUUUGAGAAACUAGAGAUAAAUUAGCUUUUUCCUGCUCUGUUACUCGAUGUCUCUGCUACUUCCCAUUGUGCAUUGCUGUAAGGCCUCACAAUGGAAAUAGUGGUGGAUUGUUACUGACAAAUGGAGGGGCUGGGGAGGAAAAGAGACACAUGGAGGGGCUGGGGGAGAGGAGACACAUGGAGGGGCUGGGGAGGAAAGGAGACACAUGGAGAGGCUGAAGGAGGGAGGAAUAGAGACAUAUGGUCCACUCGGCCAUGCUACAUGGAGGUGAGAAGGAUGGGGCUGGGGGAGAGGAGACACAUAGAGGGGCUGGGGGACGGAAUGAGAGACAUGGAGGGGCUUAGGGGAGAAACAUAGAGGGGCUGGGGAAAAGCGACAUAGGGGAAUGAAAGAAGACACAUGGAGGGGCUAUGGGGAAGCGAGACACAUGAGGGACUGGGGGGACAAAAGAAGACACAUGGAGGAGCUGGGGGACAAAUCAAGGCACAUGGGAAAUGAGGCACAUGGAGGAGCUGGGGGAUUAGACACAUGAAGGAGCUGGGGAGAGAAUGUGACACUUGGAGGGCCACGGGGGAGAAUGAGACACGGGGCUCUGGGGGAAUGAUAUAUGGCGGGGAUGAAGGACGAAUGAGACACAUGGAGGAGCUGGGGGAAAGAGGCACAUAGAGGGGCUGGUUGGAUGAGGCACAUGGAGGAGCUGGGGAGAAAUGAGACAUAUGGAGGGGCUGGGGGAUGAGACACAUCUAGGGGCCCCAUGUCAAGUUUUGAACUGUGGCCCAAUAGAUUCUGAGCCCCUGCUGCCUUUCUGAAAAGAUGUAGAGACUGAUGACUUGGCUGAUUGGAUAGACUUUGGUAACAAUAUUUGUGUUAGUGACAAAUCUAUUGAGAUAAACUGCUGCUGUUUUUUAAUAUAAUACAAGCAAUUAGACAAAGAUAUUAAUGGUAAUACCAGUAUUUAGUGGCUGAUCACGAACACAUUCUCUCUUUCUCCCAUAGAAUUGUUCUGGACAGCUCCAGAGUUACUUCGGGAUCAGACACUGGCUAGGAGAGGCACGUUUAAAGGGGAUGUUUAUAGCUUUGCUAUUAUUUUACAAGAAGUCGUAGUAAGGGGCCCACCAUAUUGUAUGUCAGGACUUUCAGCUGAAGGUAAGAACAUUCUUUGUUGUGAAUAAAAAUGUCCAAUUAAAUGCAUUGGGGGGAAAUUAUUGAUAAAUUAAUAUAUAUUUCAACUAGAGUGUAUUCUUAAAUCAUGUGAUUUUCAUUUUAUUAGAGCUUUAGUUUCAAAAAAGUAUUUAGUUAGCAGUUGUUGCAAUUCUUAUCUACACAAUCUUUCCUAUUAAUCAUAGAUGUGUUAUCUUAUUGUACUCACUUCUGUAUAUUAACGUGGUCUCCCCUUGUUUGACAAAGUGACCUACGGCCUUCUCUCCUGUGUAGGUUUCCAAUAAUCCCAUAACACUCAACAAGAACUCUAAUCCAAUAGAAAUGGAAAGCCAUUAUUGGGUACCAUUAUAUUGUCACAUGUUUUACCAUACUGUACCAUAAGAGAUGUCACUAUAGGGCUCAUUUACAACCUUGUUGCUAAUUGUUUUAUCUGCCCAGCUGCUGCUGGCUAAAAUCACGUUCCCUACUGGGAUUUAUUGGUAGCUGCUGGUUACUAACUGUAAUUUCUAACUGUAUCGAUAGGUCGUUAUUAACAGUCAUUACUGAAAGCCAGUCUCUAAGUAGCUCCUAGUUUCAAAUGGUAUUGCUAUUUAUUAAAGGGACACAGUAGGCACCCAGACAAUUCAGCUAAUUGAAGUGGUCUGCGUGCAUCGUCCCUAUUGCAUCUAGUGCUACAUUGCAGCACUAAGUCUUCCUGGAGUGAAACGGACCUUUGGUUCGUUAUCAGACGUUGCACAUCCUCAAGCUCAGCAUGAGGACCUCCAGCAUCAGAUUUUUUCCCAUAGGAUAGCAUUGAUUCAAAGCUUUCCUAUGGGAGGUCUAAUGCGCGCAUUAGCGCCCACUCAUUGAGGCCAUUGGAGGGGGAGGAGCUAUGGCCCAGCGCCAGGGGCCAUGGGUGCUGGGAUCAGGUAAGUUAAUAAACCCUUUAUUUACCGGGGUUGGGGGGGAAAUGAGGGAGGGGGAGGCAAGGGGAGAAAUAGUGCCAAGAAUACAGCUCUGUAUUACUGGCACUAUAGUAUCCCUUUAAUGGAUGUCACUAACCCAAAACUUUAAUACCAGCCUCUGGCCUGGUGUAAAAAAUAGAUUAAUGUCAGCUAAAUCCCUACACAGACUAUUGAACAAAAAGCCUUGUUUCAAUGCUGCUGCAAAUUCUACUGGCCAGAUUCUACUUGCCUGUUGCUACUGGCCACACAGGAUGGAUUGCGCAUUCUCAGCUGUGUGUUUCUGUGCUUUAUUAGCAAGCCGCUGAUAUGUUGAUUUGUAUCUCUAUCAGCAACCUUAAUUAGCUAUCGGCUACAACAAUGUAUCAACAAGUCUGUAUUUGGCAAGGUGAGAUUAGUCCCCUCGGCUGUUUUAGGAGAAAAGUAUAGCAAUAAAGUCACAACACCAGUCUUCUUUUAGAAAAGGAGAUUUAUUCCAACAACAAAUAGACCCAGCAACGUUUCAACCCUUAAUGGGGUCUUUGUCAAGCAUGUCAUUACCAUUUGUUAAUAAUCAGAGACCAAAAUAUUAAUAUAUUCAGGAUAUCAAUCUUUUAUUAUCUGUUUAAUGGGACGUAUGAAAAAGCAUGUCUACAUUGCCCACAUGGCAAAUGAUGUUUAUUCAGUAUUUAACACCUAUUGAUGAUUAUGAGUUUUAGAUCAUUACACAUCCAAGUUGAACCUCUCAAAAUCCCACAAUGAAAUGUUAAUGCACUAUUAAAUUAAAACUGGAAAACACAAUAGUAGAAUGCACUGUGUACUUUAUUAACUGAUGUUUUACAUUGUGUGCCUGAAAAAAAUCAUUGCAAAUGGACCACUGACUAUCACUACAUAUAUUCCCUAUCUCUGUCACUCAGAAAUUAUAAGAAAAGUGAAGAAGCCCCCUCCUCUAUGCCGCCCAACUGUGGCCCCUGACCAAGCCCCCCUGCAAUGCAUUCAGUUGAUGAAGCAAUGUUGGAGUGAACUUGCCGAGAGGAGGCCAACAUUCGAUGAGAUCUUCGAUCAGGUCAGUUCUUCACUGUAUCCUAUGCUUGCCACAGCCAGCCCCGCCUCCUUUACUGAGAUCAUCAAUCUUAUCUUAUGCUUGCCACAGCCAGAUCCGCCUCCUUUACUGAGAUCAUCAAUCUUAUCUUAUGCUUGCCACAGCCAGCCCCGCCUCCUUUACUGAGAUCGUCAAUCUUAUCUUAUGCUUCCCACAGCCAGACCCGCCUCCUUUACUGAGAUCAUCAAUCUUAUCUUAUGCUUGCCACGGCCAGACCCGCCUCCUUUACUGAGAUCAUCAAUUUUAUCUUAUGCUUGCCACAGCCAGCCCUACCUCCUUUACUGUAAUCAUCAAUCUAAUCCUACGCUUGCCACAGACAGCCCCGCCUCCUUUACUGAGAUCAUCAAUCUAAUCAUAUGCUUGCCAUGGCCAGCCCUGCCUCCUUUACUGAGAUCAUCAAUCUUAUCUUAUGCUUGCCACACCCAGACCCGUCUCCUUUACUGAGAUCAUUAAUCUUAUUUUAUGCUUGCCACGGCCAGCCACGCUUCCUUUGCUGAGAUCAUCAAUCUUGAUAAUCUCAACAAAUCCAGUGCUUUCCCAAUCUGCAUCUCCUCAUAGAAAUGUAUUGAAUCAAUGCAUCUCUAUAUGGGGAGCAUUCAGCAUCUCCAUACAAAGCUUGGAAAUGCCAAACAUAGGUCCUGCAAACAUUGUAGGACUUAACCCGGGAAGCACCUCUAGUAGCCAUCUGAGUGACAGCCACUAGGUAUUAAUAGACAGCAAACUAAACAAAAAGUUGUGUUUACAUUGCUGAGCCUGCAGGCACAGGUUAUAGACCAUAACCACUAAGCCGAAAAUUGACUGCAUGUGGCAAUAUUUAGUAAAACAUAUGUUCUUUACUUCUCGCUGGUAUUUUGGAAAUCACCAUUUCCAAAUAUGUUAGUAGAUCCCUUACAAUACUUUCUAAAUUUAAAAUUAAUUUCCAAUUAUCUUUGAAUUCCCAACAAUUCUCACUUUCGUAAAUAAACCCUGUUGGUAUUUAUUACCUCACCCGGCUCCGAACCAACAUAGUGGCCGACGAGCCCUCCAGUGAUGUAAUUGGAGGUAGGUGCUCACAUGAUACAGUUAUCUUGUGCACACGAUUUAGUAGUUAGUUGGCACACUGUUCUAAACUGUGCACACAAGAUAGUUGAAAAAUGAUUUUCUCUCUGGUUCCUGAAUUAGCUCUAACCUGCUUUUACAUUAUAUUUCGUACAUUGUAUUCUGCAGCUAUUAUAUGUUGUUAUUAUUAUAUAUUGUAUCCGUAUUACAUUUAUAUUCAUUUUUUUACACUUGCAAUCAUUGUAUCAAAUAAGCCAGCAACAUCCACCUAACCUUGUCACACUUACAGUUUAAAACAAUUAACAAAGGAAAGAAGACCAAUAUCAUAGACUCGAUGUUGAGGAUGCUGGAGCAAUAUUCAAGUAAUUUGGAAGAUUUAAUCAGAGAGCGAACAGAGGAAUUGGAGGUUGAGAAGCAGAAAACUGAAAAACUUCUUUCUCAGAUGUUACCACCGUAAGUUUAAAUAGUAAUUUUGUGGAACAAUCAAAAAAUAUAAUUAUCUUAUUAUUUUUCUUGUAUUUUUUUUGUAAUAUGCAAUAUUUUAAAGAAUAUGUUAGCAAGCUAUAUUCAUUUACAGGAAGUUCUGCUUUCUUAAAGGGGCACUCCAAACCCUUAACACAGUUUAGCUUGCGGAAGUACUUUAUGUGUGGAGAGUGUGUCCUUUUUUUUCUUUUUACAAAAUGUUCAGAUUUCAAUAGCAAUUGCCAUUUUUAUAAAUUAACCUGGCUGCACCCCACUGGCUGUCAAUCAGAUGGUCCUGUUACUUCCUGGUUCGAUUAGCUCAGUUGAGAUAAACUCAAGAGGCAGCAAUUGUCCAGAGCACCUGUCUUUCAAAGACUUCUCAUUGAGUUGCAUUGGGAAGUCUGUGAUUUGACAGCCACAGAAAGUCUCAGCGGGGAGGGCUUGCAAAGGCUGCAAACAAGAGAUCUUGUCAAAUGAAAAAAUACAUAGCUCGUCUAUAUAAAUAAUAACCAAUAAUAAUAAUAAUACAUCAUUAAAUACACACAUGCUUUCAUUUUAGGUAUAUUUGCUAAACAGUGAUUUUUAUUUUGUUUUAAUAUGGGCAGCGGAGUAUCCCUUUACAUAGUAGUAUGAGUAAGUGAACAAUAUACAUUACAACAGACAGCAGACAUUAUAGGAAAACCAAAGGAAAAAAUAUGACAUUCUCAGAUAAAAAAAAAAAAAAUUGUUCUGCAUAAGAACUGAAAGUUCUGCAUAAGAACUGAAACCGUUGACACUUUGUGGCAGUUGCUGAAUAAAAGCUAAGUUAUUUUUUUCAUCAUAUUUAUGAAGUCCCUAGAGUGCUAUUUUCUACUACUUUGUUCUAUUAAUAUUGCCAAUAAGCACCGGGCUUAAGGGACCACUAUAGUGCCAGGAAAACAUACUCGUUUUCCUGGCACUAUAGUGCCCUGAGGGUGUCCCCACCCUCAGGGUCCCCCUCCCGCCCGGCUCUGGGGAGAGGAAAGGGGUAAAAACGUACCUUUUUCCAGCGCUGGGCGGAGAGCUCUCCUCCUUCUCUCCUCCUCCGUUCCGCCCCGUCGGCUGAAUGCGCAUGCGCGGCAAGAGCUGUGCGCGCAUUCAGCCGGUCGCAUAGGAAAGCAUUUAUAAUGCUUUCCUAUGGACGCUGGCGUGCUCUCAUUGUGAAAAUCACAGUGAGAAUCACGCAAGCGCCUCUAUCGGCUGUCAAUGAGACAGCCACUAGAGGCUUUGGGGGAAGGCUUAACUCAUUCAUAAACAUAGCAGUUUCUCUGAAACUGCUAUGUUUAUUAAAAAAUGGGUUAAUCCUAGCUGGACCUGGCACCCAGACCACUUCAUUAAGCUGAAGUGGUCUGGGUGCCUAGAGUGGUCCUUUAACUUUAUCAUAACUGGAGUGCAAGCAUUCAGAUAUUUUCAUAUAUAUAUAUAUAUAUAUAUAUAUAUAUAUAUAUUCAUAAAAAUAAUAACUCUGGUUUACUUAUCUGACUAAAGACAAGAAGGGCUUAUACAAAUUAUUAUACUUUGAUAAUGUCAUCACUUCACCAUUCUUGGUUUAGUAAAGCAUCAUUUGCUUAAUUGCAGAGCCUGGCUCUACUGUGAGAUAAGCCAGUUGGUUAAUGCGCCAACUGUAGUGAGCAUUGUAGUAGUAGUAAGCUUAAGUUAGUGUUAACAUAAUCUGCACCUGUGAACUAUGUAGCUUUGUUAAAGGGACUGUCCACUGACAACAUUUUAAAAACCCCUGUUUAGUAGGUCUAACCCCAAUGAAAACAAGUAUGCCUUCAAUUAUGCAUUUUUUCAUUGCGAUAAAUCUGAAAACAGCUUGUGAACAUUGCAAGAUCUUGUCUGCAGUCUUUGCAAACCCUCCCCUUCUAACACCGCCCAGAGUUUCUGUGGCUGCCCAAUCACAGACUUCCCAAUGCAGCUCAAUAAGAAGUCUUUGAAAGGCAGGUGCUCUGGGCAAUUGCUGAGCUAAACAAACCAGGAAGUAAUAGGACCAUUUGUCUGAUUGACAGUCUGGGAGUGUAACCAGGUUAAUUUCUAAAAGUUUCAAUUUCUAAAACAUUGAAAACAAGAUGCACUCUUCACACAUAAAGCAUGUCAGCAAGCUAAAGUGAUUUAUGGGUAUGACGUGUCCCACUAACUACUGUAAAAAUGUUUAGGAACACCAGUAGUACAAAAAAUACCAUAUUGAGUAGUGUCAAGAAUUUGCACUAAUUUAAAAAAUAAAAAGUGUGAACAUGCAUGCAAAGAGGAAAAAUGCUAAAUAAAUUCAUACAAUAACAUGCAAUACCCACUGCAAGGCUAUCAAAUGUAAGAUAUUUUAAAAAGAGCAAAUUGAAUUUUGGGAAACAGCACAUUAUGGCCUUAUCUGAUCCUUAGCCUUUAGCUUUUAUAUGCCAUAUUUAUGGUUUUCAUAUUAUUGGCUAUUAUUGAGUAGUGAACACUCUGCAUUUCAGUUCUGUGGCCGAAGCUCUGAAAACCGGUGGCACCGUGGAGCCGGAAUAUUUUGAUCAAGUUACCAUCUAUUUUAGUGAUAUUGUUGGAUUUACCACGAUAUCAGCGCUCAGUGAACCUAUUGAAGUGGUCGACCUGUUGAACGACCUCUACACCCUGUUUGAUGCUGUUCUGGGGAAUCACGAUGUUUACAAGGUAAGCUACGUAUGGUUUACAGCAUGGGAAUGCUUUGAAUGCGCUGGUAGACUACUAUGUAUCAAGUAAGAGUUAAAAUGGCAUUCUCGGAAACAUAUCCUCUAAAGGUUAGUGCAGUGGUUAUGGUGAAAUAAAUCUUUGGGUCUGCAACCUUCUGCAUGUUUUCUUAAAUCCAUCUACUGUCAGCAUUCACAGCCCAUUAUCACUGUCCUAGGUUAUAUGACUGUAGACACAUAAUGGAGAAGGUAAUGUGUUUGAUUAUCUGAAUGGCAGGUGAAGCGCUAGACUUUGGGUUUUGGGAUACCCUACAUAUAUUGCACAAUGUCCACUACAAUAAACUGUAAUGGUCCUGGUGCGUGAGUGUCCAUUUAUUCUUAUUGCUGUCGAAAGUCUCCCAAAUCAAAACUUCCAAACUCUUUUUUUCAUUUUUGUAAUAAUGCAUACAAAACUCAUCAUGUAUCUAUUAUUUUCUUAGAGCUUGUGAUCUUUUUUAUGUCUGUCUAUUAGUAGAAAUGUUGCUGUUGAAAAUGUGCUGUAAAUUGUACUGUAUGCCAGUGGUGUAUCCUGGUUUUGUGCUGCCCUAGGCAGGACAAAACUCAGGCUGCCCCCCACCCCCGCGCCAACCCUCCCCCCUAACCCGCCUUCUAAAUACACACACACACACAUACAUUCACUGACAGAUACACAUACACUCGCUAACAGAAACACACACACACACUAACAGACACACUCACUAACAGACACACACUCACUGACACACACUCACAGGCAAACACACUCACACAGUCCGACACACACACACUCACUGACACACAGUCAGACACACACAUACACACUAACAGACAAACACAGUCAGACACACACACACUCACUGACACACAGUCAGACACACACUUACACACUAAUAGACAAACACAGUCAGACACACACACACUCACUGACACACAGUCAGACACACACAUACACACUAACAGACAAACACAGUCAGACACACACACUAACAGACACACACUCACUCACUAGCAGACACACACACACUAACAAACACACACACAUUAACAGACACACACUCACUGACACAUACACUCACAGGCAAACACACUCACACUAGCAGACACACACACUAGCAGACACACACACACAGACUAACAGACACAGUCAGACACACACUAACAGACACACACUCACACAGUCAGACACACACACACACUAACAAAACACUCACAUUUAUUAUUAUUUUUUAUACCCCCCCCCCCCAACUUCUUACCUUUGGGAGUGCUGGGGGGGAGGGGUUCAUUAAAACCCUGGUGGUCCAGUGGUUGCCGGCUGGGCUGGGCAGGCAUCUUCCGGCUCCCAGCCUCACUCUGCGGCGCGCGAGGGAGCUGAGCAGACCGCUCAGGGGAAGAGCUCCCUCGCCAGCCGCCAGCAUUUGGGGGGCGGCGUUUUUUGCCGCCCCCUGAAAAAUGCCGCCCAAGGCAAAUGCCUUGUUUGCCUCGCGGCUAAAACGCCCCUGCUGUAUGCCCUAUAGUCUAUUAUAGUAAUACUUUUUAUAAUGGCUCUAGUAAAUGAAAACUCUAAUCACCAACAUGAUUAAAUCUUAAUACAGUGGUUUUGGUGCUUAAUGUAGUGAUUUUAAAGGAAAGAGCCUGUUCCUGCAAUCUAACAAAUGUAAGUACUGCAUUUUGUGAGAAAUGUCAAUGUUUACAUUUAUCACUAAAGAUGCCUCUAGUGGGUGUUAAUUAGUUACUAGGGCACUUCUUUGUAAAGAGCCUUCGGUUACUGAAAAUGUUCACUUCUAGAGUGAAUAAAACCACUGAUUCUCAAUGAUAAGCUUCCCAUUGGAGAAACACUGUGAUUGCCGCGCAUGCUGUGUAGGGUCCCCAGUGCUUCUCUAUGAGAAUUUUAAGGAUUGGUCUUAGACUAUUGAUCAUGAUGAUUUCACAGUGAGUGGAACAAAAUUGAAUUAACAGUGAUUUUAACUUUUAAUUUUUACUUUUCUUUUCAUUUGAAAGGUGGUUUCCUAAUAAUUUGUACGUUAUCAAUAAAUAUAUUAAUUUAAAAUGAUAAAGUAAUUCCUCCCCCCCCUCCCCCCCAGGGAUGGCAGCAAGAGACUUUUAAAACUUUGUGAGAGUAGGCUUACAGAGAAGAUACCAUAUGAAUAUUAACAAAAAAAAAUACAAUUCAAAGAAUUAAAACAAAGGGCCCACCUUACAACAAGCGAUUUAUUUCGGUACUUACAACUAAAUGGUUUUGCGAAUAAAACACACUUAGGAGAAACUGCUCACAAAGCAAUGUCUUUCUUUGAGAGGAUGUGUUUGAGUGAGUCUAUACAGUCAGGCUUAAUCACUAUCUUGUACGCCCAUCUAAGCUCCAAAACAAACGAAUGGGGGUCAUUAACUUACACAGGACAAUGGGAAGCAGACUUAGGGGAAACAUUAAAAAGUGUAGACUGGCAAAACAUAUGGGAAGCCAAUAACGCUGUGUCCAUAUGCUUGUCGUUACAGGAACAAUUGUUUAAAACUAUGUUCAGGUGGUACACAACCCUUGUAAAAUUGUAUAGAAUGAAAAGAUUGCUGACGGCUACAUGUUGGGGAGGAUGCGGACAUAGAGGAUCCUAUAUCCACAUGUGGUGGGAAAGCCCCCUAGUUCAACUGUAAAGAAUUGUGUAUGCGAGAUUGACAGGCUUCAGUCUAGAACCGCUUCAGUCUGGUUUCCGCGCUAAGCAUUCUGUGGAAACGGCAUUGACCAAAGUAUCCAUGAUCUACUCACUGCAGAAUCUCGUGGACAUUACUCUAUCCUAAUUCUCCUUGACCUGUCUGCGGCUUUUGACACUGUUGAUCAUCAACAGCUUCUUCUCAUCCUCCUCAAUAUCGGUCUACAAGAUAUUGCUCUCUCCUGGUGCUCCUCCCACCUCCCCCAGUGCUCUUUCACUGUUUCUUUCUCUGGCUCUGCUUCUUCUCCCUAAUUCCUCUCUGUUGGUGUCCCCCAAGGUUCAGUCCUUGGUCCCCUACUCUUCUCCAUCUAUACUGCCUCCUGUAACGAUAACUUACCUUUACCCGCCGGCGUUCUCUUACCAUACUUCCGGGAGGCGGCUCAGUCAUUCUGACGCCGGCCGCUCGCAACACGCCCAUUUUUAUGAUGCGGCGCGCCAACGUCAGAAAAAUAGUGACGCCAAAAUUCAAAUGUGGCCACGCUCCCUGACCUUUUGAGGACAUGACUUUAAAGCUAAAGAUCACACACUAUAAAAAGGCAACCAUGGCACUUGUUAGGCGCCCUAGUGUGGUUCUUGUGAGAGUCCUCGAUCUCUAGUCCUGUCUAUUGGGGAUAGGGAAUUAUUGGCUAUUACCUCAGCUCUUAAAGAGUGGCGCCAUCUGUUAGAAUGGUCAGCUAUUCCAAUUACCAUCCUUACGGAUCAUAAAAACCUUUCGUAUUUUGGAGGGGCCAAAAGAAUGUCACAAAGGCAAAUUCGAUGGUCUUUAUUUUUAACACGGUUUAAUUACAUUGUAACUUACAGACCGGGGUCAAAGAACACUAAGGCUGAUGCCUUAUCUUGUCAACAUGAACAUUUAUCACCUCCCGUAACCCACUUUUCCUCCAUAAUCCCAACCAACCACAUAAUUGCCACUGUCCAUGCCAAAGUCUCCUCUGGGUUAUUGGAGGAACUAUCCAAAUUCCAGGAUCAUGCCUCAUUAACCGUUCCCCGGGGAAAAUUAUACGUACACUUGGCUUAUAGAAAAAAGGUCUUAUCUCUUGUCCACGACUCCAAAUUGGCAGGGCAUCCAGAUAUUCACAAAACUGAAUCUUUACUCAAAAAACAAUUCUGGUGGACUUCAUACAAGAAAGACGUUCGUGAGUUCUUGCAUGUAGUAUCUGUGCCUCUACUAAAUCACCUGAAGGUCGUCCUUUUGGUCUCCUCUUGCCAUUGCCCAUUCCAGAUAAACCCUGGUCUAGUAUUGCCAUGGAUUUUGUAGUGGACCUGCCUCUCUCCAAGAAUAAUAGUUGACUAUUAUCGAAAGAUUCUCUAAAAUGACCCAACUGGUCCAGUUAAUCAAAUUACCUUCUUCUUCCGAACUGGCCUCUUUGUUUAUAAAAGAGGUGGUACGUUUACAUGGCAUACCUCAAGAUAUUACUUCGGACAGAGGUCCACAAUUCGUUUCACGGUUCUGAAGGGCAUUUUGUGACCAACUAGGUAUUAAUCUUAACCUUUCUUCUUCUUACCAUCCCCAAUCAAACGGGGUUACGGAAAGGAUGAAUCAAUGUUCUAGUCCCAUACUUCUGGGAGGCGGCUCAGUCCUUCUGAUGCCGGCCGCUCGCAACACGCCCAUUUUUAUGACGCAUGCUCGCGGAAGUCAGCAAAAUAGUGACUCCAAAAUUCAAACGUGGCCACGCUCCCGGACCUUUUGGGGGCGUGGCUUUAAAGCUAAAGAUCCCACACUAUAAAAAGGCAACCAUGGCACUUGUUAGGCGCCCUAGUGUGGUACUUGUUUGAGUCCUCUAGCGCUCUUUAUAUUCUGAUUGUCUUUUUUGGUAUCUGACUCUUGGCUUCCACUCUGACUAUUCUGUUCUCUGGUUUCCCAUUAUUUUGGCUUGGAUAAUCGUGUGCUCGUCUUCUGUAUUUCCUUGACCUCUGGCUAUUCCUUUGACUACUCUCAGACACAAGACCGGCCACUCUAAGGUCCGGUAUACGUCUUCCUCUGGGUUUCACUCUGUGUGAAGGGGUCACUAUCGUGACACCUCCCUUGGUAAACGCAUUAGCUCCUUUGGCUUCCAAUAUAAUUUCUAUGCAGAUGACACACAAAUCUACCUGUCCUCUCCUGAUCUCUCCCCAUCCCUCUUGACUAGUGUCUCUGACUGCCUCUCUGCUAUUUCUAACUGGAUGGCUGCCCACUUCCUUAAACUAAACUUGACCAAAGCUGAAUUUCUGGUCUUUCCUCCCUCAAGUGUUGUUACUCCUGUGUCUGUCUGUCUCCAAGUCAACGGUGCUACCAUCAGCUCCACCACGCAGACUCGCUGCCUAGGUGUUCUCUUUGACUCCAACCUCUCCUUCAAGCCUCAUGUUCAAUAUAUAUCGCCAAAUCCUGUCAUUUCCAUCUCAAAAACAUUGCGCGCAUCCGCCCCUACUUAACGCCAGAUGCGACUAAGGUGUUGGUCCAUUCCACUGUCCUUUCUCACCUUGACUACUAUAAUCCACUUCUCAGUGGUCUUACAUGCUCCCACCUUGUGCCGUUACAGUCCAUAAUGAAUGCGGCGGCGAGGCUCAUCUUCCUGUCCGCCCGCACCUCUCAUGCCUCACCCUUCUGUCAGUCCCUACAUUGGCUUCCUAUAAAAUAUAGGGCUCAAUUUAAAAUUCUGGUUCUUACUUUCAAAUCGCUACAUAAUGCUGCUCCCACCUAUCUAUCCUCCCUUAUACACAAGUAUGUCCCGUCUAGGCCCUUAUGAUCUGCUGAAGACUUCUGCCCGUACUCCCACCUCUGAUGCUCGCCUUCAAGAUUUCUCGAGGGCUGCACCGUUCCUGUGGAACUCGCUUCCCUCCUCCGUUAGAUGCUCACCCAGUCUCUACUCCUUCAAAAAAUCAUUAAAAACCCACUUCUUCAUAAAAGCAUAUCAAUUAAACUGUUAAUAGCCCCUGACUGAUUCCUCUUCUGCAACUGUCACUAGUCUAAUACUAUCCUUACCUUUUUGUGUCAUUUUACCCCACUCCCUCUCUAGCAUGUAAGCUCAUUGAGCAGGGCCCUCAAGGGCCCUACAUAUUUGAUGAAAAACCACUAGAAAACUCUGACCACUAGGAUCAGAGGCUCCAUGAAGAAAUGUGAGGAAAAUAUAGGAACCCUGGUUGAAUUGCAGUUAAGCAAGCUAAAUAAGGGAUCAGUACCUGUUGUACUUGUUUAACAGCAACAAAAAGUACAAUGAUCUAUGAAGACCCUCAAAUCGGGACAUGGUUUCAGACAGCAGAAGACUAUACUAUACAGUACUACCCGCCCGGCCACUCAUGGCUCACCGCUGACCUACCUACUACUCGACUCUUCCUCUUAUCUAGACCGUACCUUUUCUUUACUUUCCUUUACUCACUCUUUCCUUCUAUUUCUCCAGAUGGGAAUGUAUCAAAGACCCGAUAUUAACCCCUGUUGGUUCAAUAAUGUUGUGUUAUGUUGUGAGUUCACGGAAUCACAGUUUACACUUCCUAUCCAACCAUAAAAUAAGCUACCUACAGCACCAACAGAUGGAGCAUUAUAAUUUAACAACUAUUAUUCGUUUAACUGUCGCGCAUGAAAUACAUAAACCAUAAAAAUGUGACAUAGUUUUGACAGGGGCACUACCAAAAGGAAAGUCCGCACACCUUUUUAGAAAUAUACUAUUACGGCUUGUAUUUAUCAGCAGAGAAUCUGUACCAAGUUUACCUAAUGUUACAUGUGAUGUUAAUGUCAUGACUGUCACUCAUAAAUAAAGGAUUAAAAAAAAAUCUAAAAUUAAAGUUCAAGAGAACAAGAAAGUAACGUAAAAAACACAUUGUGCUAACGGUCAUGUUGUAGUUACAUGUCAUGUUUUUACAAUGUUGUUCUUUUAUGUAUCACUUAAACCAUUUUUCCUUUGUGUUUUACUAUAGAUUAUUAGUUGAUAGAUUCUUGGCAUUGUAAGCAAACAAAUAAAUCUCAGGGACUGGAACAAAUACAAAUUAGAUUAUUAAUUCCGCAGUCAUGGCUGGAUGCCAGUAAAUGGUGUGUGUGAAUUUGUGCUGCUACAUCAAGACUAAAAUAUUGUGUCAACGCAUGGUAUGUAUUUUAUUUCAGGUGGAAACCAUCGGUGAUGCCUACAUGGUGGCAUCUGGACUCCCAAAGAGGAACGGAAACAAGCAUGCAGCAGAGAUCGCCAAUAUGUCCUUAGACAUCCUUAGCUCUGUAGGAACAUUCCAAAUGAGACACAUGCCCGAUGUACCUGUCAGGAUUAGGAUAGGAUUGCAUUCAGGUACAAUGUUUGAUGUCCAAAUACCUAUGUUUUGGUUUCUGAAUUGAGUGGAUACAUUAUUUUUGUUUUUGGGUGUUCCAUAUGUUCAGGGUGGACUUAAUAAGCUAAUGUGAACGUAAUGGCACCAACAUUACAUUACAUAGGCUUAUGGGGCAUUCUUAAAAACAUUUAUUUUAUUUAUGCAAUUUAUGCGUUCCAUUUAAAUAUAUUGCUUCUAAUAUGCAAAUGGAAAUGAUCUCUGCUCUGUUUUAAUAAGAUUUAUAACAAGUUUUAGCUCGUUUUUUCCAAAACUUGAGUUUUAAAUAGGAUAAGGAGAGCUUUGAAGAGUUAUUCACUAAACAAAUUGAACAGAAUUAAAAACCAAUCUAAACAUUCUCUAAUUCGGCUAUAGUCAUAUAUUUUUUGUAAUUUGUAUUUUAAUAAAGUACAAUUCAUAAUUUAGUGAAUAAUCUGAUUUGUGUUGAUAGGAUCCAGGAAAACCCUUUAAAUUGGUUGUCAGCCACCCAUUUAUAAACCAGCGGCACACCUCCCAACUAUCCCAAAUCUGGCAUUUCAGCCUCAGUUUUGGAUUAGUAUGAGAAUCAAUAGACAUGCUCACUAGGUCACUUGGACCAGUCUCAGAGCACUGUAACAGCGCUCUGCGCAUGCUCAGCCCUUAAUGGGGCCAGGUUGCAUGAUUUGCAGUCAGUCUGGAGAGGUCCUGAAAAUGGCACAUUAGAGCAAUAAUUAAGACGUUAAUAGCUAUAUAGGGCAUUAAACCCUAUGGGGUAUAAUGUUUUGGGAUGCUGGGCACAAAGGGCACAAGACGGAAUAUGUGAGUCCUUAUUGAAAUAUUUUAUGGCAGGACUGUGGUUAGUAUACGUUUCCAGAUGUUUAAAUUAUCUUUUAAAAUGAAAUUGUAGAUGCCUGCAGCAACUGGAUGCAACUGGAUGCAUCUGUUUUUAUGUAAAUUCUACUACAGGGGUUGCUGCUGAGAUCUAAUCUAACAAUAUGCCUCUUAUUUUAUACCAGGACCUUGCGUGGCUGGAGUUGUGGGCCUUACAAUGCCACGUUACUGUCUUUUUGGAGACACCGUAAAUACUGCCUCACGAAUGGAAUCCACAGGACUGCGUAAGUCACUCAUUUAUACCCCUGAAAUGAGAGAAACACAUUUUCUGUCAGGAUUUACUGGAUAUCACUUAAGGUCUGCAAGUAUGCUGAAAAUGUCAAUAUUUAAACAAUAAAAUAAACCAUAAACAAUAAAGUAGGUUUCACUGAGUCAUAACAUUCCUACAGUAAGGGAGGUGAAUGAUGAAUGGGCUCUCCCAUUUAACUGUUAGCAUUAUAAAGUAUUCCAAAGAUAAUUUUUUCCAAAAAUUAAUGUUUGCAGUGAUACUUUAUAAAUACCUUUUUUAUUUUUAGAUUUAAAGAAACAGUCCCCUGAAAUAUACCCCUGAACAAAACGUAUAUGUAUUUUAGUCUGCAUGUUUUCUUUUGCAAUAUAUGAUAAACAGCUUGCAAAAGCUGCCAAUCUGGUGUCUGCAGCCUUUGCAAGCCCUCUAUUCUCUUUCAGUUUGUGCAAGUGGAUUAAACAAUCAGAAACACCCACAUGAUUAG